AUGAAGAUUAUUGAGGAAAUCAAAUAUUAGGUUGAAUUGGAGAUGAAGAAAAUAUUUGGAAAGUGUAUUGAAAAACGAUAUGCGAAAAUAACUGAAUAGCUAAAAUAAGAAUGUAUAAAAAAUGUUAUUUAGAAAGGUAAAACAAUACGGGAAGUAUGUGAUUAUUAAUAUAAUAGGCUUCCUAAUAAUUAUCAAUAAAUUAUUCUUCUGCAAAAUCUAUCUUAGCAGAUUAUAGAAAAUCUUAGAAGGGAAUAAAAUUACAAUAUCAUUUGGAACCAAGAUAAGUCAAAGUUAAUGAUAAAUAUGAUUGGAAAAAAUUUAAAAUUUUAACAUAUUGUGAAGACAGAUAAAUUAAUGAAUAUACAAUGGAUACAUUUGCUUAGAUAAUAAAACAAACUUCUAUAAAUAAUGUAAUAAACUGA